GCAGUCAAGCACCAACCCAAAUGAAAAUGGAAAUAAACCAAAACCCACAGCGUUUUCACCAUUUUCUUCAGAAGGAAACUUGAAAGUAGAUACCAGAAUAAGUAAUAGUAAUACAUUCUCUCAUACCAAGAUCAGAAAAUUAAGAGCGAGUAAAAUCAGGGUCUCUCUCUCUCUCUCUCUCUCCUCUUCCACGCGCGCUCGAGACCACUGACUACCCACCACAGAAGAAGGGAAGAACGGAAGCGAAGAAACAAAUAGGAGAAGAAACGAAGCAGAAGGAAGCAAGAAGGACCUUACCACUGUUUAGAUCGGACCGCCUCAGAGAUGCUUCCCACCGUUCGAUCCUUGUCUCUUUUAGUCGUUUUCCUUCUCGUCGUCUCUCUGGUUUUCGCUUCCGAGUCUGAUCACAAGUAUCAACCGGACGAUCCUGUGACCCUUUGGGUGAACAAGGUUGGGCCCUAUAAUAAUCCACAAGAAACAUACAACUACUAUAGCCUUCCAUUUUGCCAGACAGGUUCCAAUGCUGCUCAUAAAUGGGGAGGCCUUGGUGAGGUUAUUGGUGGAAAUGAGCUUAUCGACAGUCAGAUUGAAAUAAAGUUUCAGAAAAAUGUGGAUAAGGCUUCCAUAUGUGAACUUGAACUUGAUGCAGCAAAGGUUAAGCAAUUUAAGGAUGCAAUUGAGAAUACUUAUUGGUUUGAAUUCUUCAUGGAUGAUCUACCUUUGUGGGGUUUUGUUGGUGACCUCCAUCCUGAUAAAAAUAAUGAUAACAAGCAUGUACUUUAUACGCAUAAGAAUAUUAUUGUCAAGUACAACGGAGAUCAGAUUAUUCAUGUUAAUCUCACUCAGGACAACCCUAAACCCUUGGAAGUGGGGAAAACAGUGGAUAUGACAUAUUCCGUCAGAUGGAUUCAAACAAAUGUCACUUUUGCUCGGCGUUUUGACAUUUAUCUGGACUAUCCUUUCUUUGAGCACCAGAUUCAUUGGUUCUCCAUUUUCAAUUCUUUCAUGAUGGUUAUCUUCCUCACUGGCUUGGUGUCGAUGAUUUUAAUGCGAACUCUGAGAAAUGACUAUGCAAAAUAUGCUCGGGAAGAUGAUGAUCUGGAGACUUUGGAAAGGGAUGUGAGUGAGGAGUCUGGUUGGAAGCUUGUCCAUGGUGAUGUUUUCCGGCCUCCUCUCAAUUUGGUUCUACUUUCUGCUCUUGUUGGCACAGGUGCUCAACUGGCAAUGCUUGUUCUCCUUGUUAUCCUAUUGGCAAUCAUUGGAAUGUUGUACGUCGGGCGCGGAGCAAUUAUCACAACUUUUAUAGUAUGUUAUGCUCUUACAUCAUUUAUUUCGGGUUAUGUGACUGGUGGAUUGUAUUCGCGCAGUGGUGGUAAAAACUGGAUAAAAUCGAUGAUCCUCACGGCAUCGCUUUUCCCCUUUAUGUGCUUUGGCAUUGGCUUCAUCCUUAACACAAUUGCUAUAUUCUAUGGUUCCCUAGCUGCCAUUCCCUUUGGGACAAUUAUGGUUGUGUUUGUAAUUUGGGCUUUCAUCUCCUUCCCUCUGGCACUUCUUGGUACGGUAGUUGGAAGAAAUUGGAGUGGUGCUCCAAACAAUCCCUGUCGUGUCAAGACCAUUCCCCGCCCCAUCCCUGAGAAGAAAUGGUAUCUCAGACCAUCAGUUGUAUCUCUGAUGGGAGGGUUACUUCCCUUUGGCAGCAUCUUCAUUGAAAUGUAUUUUGUGUUCACAUCCUUCUGGAAUUAUAAGGUGUACUAUGUCUAUGGCUUUAUGCUGCUGGUCUUCUUGAUUCUCAUUAUUGUUACUGUUUGUGUCACAAUUGUGGGGACAUAUUUCUUGCUAAAUGCUGAGAAUUAUCACUGGCAAUGGACUUCGUUCUUCUCUGCUGCAUCAACGGCCGUUUAUGUGUACCUCUACUCUAUAUACUACUAUUAUGUUAAGACUAAGAUGUCAGGCUUCUUCCAGACCAGUUUCUAUUUUGGAUACACUCUGAUGUUUUGUCUUGGUCUGGGAAUCUUGUGUGGAGCUGUAGGUUAUCUGGGCUCUACUUUGUUUGUGAGGAGGAUUUACAGGAACAUCAAAUGUGACUAGUGAAUGGUGAUGCUCCGAGGAUAGCAGGCCUGAUAGUGAUUUGCAGUCUCAUUCACGGAGGCGCAAGUGUUCAAGAGGAAGCAUGGUCAUCUGAUCAACUCCCUGUGUUGUUAUACAGAUGAAAAUUAAAGGGUUUGAGGGAUGCCUUUUUUGGUCUCAGGACUUGGGAAGGCUUUGCAUUUUUUCUUCUUUCUCCCUGUUGCAAGUGAAAGCCCUCUUUAAUUCAGAAGUGCAGGGAUUGUCAUAUUCUAGAAAUUUAGGACAAAUCUUUUUGUUAAGCUUUUUUCCCCCUUUUUUUCUUUUUAAAUUAUAUGUCCUAUGACAUGACCGUUGGUCUCAAAAUUUCCCUUGUCCUACCAUCAAUUAAACCCAUUGUUCCCUGCUUA